AUGUCCAUAGCAGAUGAAGCAGGUGGUACUUCAGACGAGGAUCUAGCCUGUGAGGAGAUGAAAGCAGCGGAUAGUCAAGAAGCUCCUGCUAGCCGUGAAGGUGAUAAUGAGCUAACAGAAAUGCUGAUGCGCAAAUAUAGCCCUACCUUAGCAGAAGAGGAAAAAAAUAGGCAAUCGGAAAUGACGGGGCUAGACCAGAAGCAGAUUAACAACUGGUUCAUAAACCAAAGGAAGCGACACUGGCGGCCAUCGGAAGACAUGAAAUUUGCUCUAAUGGGAGGUGUUAGCGCUGGAUCCAUGUGUUUUGAUGGACCCGGAGGCACUGGAAGUAUUGGCACUUGA